CGAUAUCACAUAGAUAAGGUUGUAGAAUACUGCCGAUCUAUCGUACGUCCUCCGAUAUCUAGGAAUAUUAAUAUUGCUUGGCACACCUUCAUACGAUUGCGGCUGUAUUGAAGGCCAAGAUCACCGCUUUGUAACCAAUAUAUAAACUACAUAAAUAUAGCGACGAUGUCUGAAUUAACGGAAUAUAAAAAGGUGGCGGUCAAACGCUUUCCUCGUCUUAGUCAAAGAGCAACAGCCGAGACUCGAUAUUGGCGCAAGUUUAAGUUUCCAAUCACAGUCAAGGAAUAUGGUGCCAUCAGCUCGAUAUCUUUCUGCAACGCAAAACCCCAUGACUUUGCCAUAAGUAGUUCAACUAGAGUUCAGGUUUUUGCGGCAAAUACUAACAAGGUAAAGAAAACUGUGUCACGGUUCAAAGAUGUCGCUCACAGCCCACACAUUCGUGACGAUGGUAAACUUAUGGUCGCUGGAGAUGAUAGCGGACUAGUGCAGAUAUUCAGCAUGUCCUCUCGAGAGGUAUUUCGUCAGUUCUCAACACACAUACGACCUGUAAGGUGGACGAGGUUUGCAUCCUUCACGGGAGUAGUCACGGGUUCCGAUGAUAUGACUGUGAGAGGAUUCGAUAUUCCCAGUGGAGAGGAGACGUUCUGCUUAAAAGGUCACUCCGAUUAUGUGAGAUGUGGGGCUGUCAACCCGGCGAGCAACGAUCUAGUGUUGUCAGGCAGCUACGAUCACACAGUCAAACUCUGGGACACGAGGACAUCCGAGUGUUCCAUGACUAUGGACCAUGGUGCACCUGUCGAGGAUGUACUCAUGUUCCCUGGUGGCGGCAUGGUCGUGUCGUGCGGCGGCAACACAAUCAAGGUUUGGGAUAUGUUGAUGGGCGGGCGCAUGGUGCACUCCUUCUCCAAUCACCAGAAGACUGUGACCAGUUUGGGAUUCGAUGGUUCGUCGAAUCGAUUAUUGUCGGGCUCUCUUGAUCAUCAUGUCAAGAUAUACGAUGUCAAAAACUACAAAGUGGUACACAGCAUCAAGUACUCCGCCCCCGUCAUGUCCCUUGCAAUGUCGCCUGAGGACACGCAUCUUGUUGUUGGUAUGGCCGAUGGAACCUUAUCGAUCCGCCACAAACCAAACAAGUCUAUCACCAACAAGGGCCUUGCUGGCGAUAAGGCGAAAAAAGCGCCGCGUGGAGGUACACAACAAUACUUUAAGCGUGGACAAGAUACGAAAGCCUCAGAGGACGACUUCCGAGUCGAAGUGCGCAGAAAGAAGGGAUUGGCAGAGUACGAUGUCUUCAUGAAGAAGUUUCAAUACGGCCUCGCUCUCGAUGCCGCACUUGUUCACGGGCGACCGGUAAUCAUCGUAUCACUCAUUGAAGAACUUGCACACAGAGAUGGUCUGAAGAUUGCGAUCAGUGGUAGAGACGAAGCGGCGCUAACGCCUUUGCUCGUGUUUCUGUUGAAGCACGUGAAUAAUCCGAGAUACUCGUCCUUGCUUAUAGAGGUGACCAAUAUGGUGUUAGACGUGUAUGCGCGGGUUCUGGGAAAAUCCCAAGCUAUCGACGAAUUAGUACUCAAACUAAGAAACAAAGUGCAUCAGGAGUUGGAGUUCCAAAAAAGGCUUAUGGAGCUUUCGGGUGCCUUCGAAUUGAUCCUGGCAGGCGGUGAUGCAGAAUCACGCGCUGCGAAAGCAGUAUAAACGUCGAUUCUCAAGGAGAGGGGAAUAUGAAGAUAAUUUAGGAAUUGCAGAAAAUUAAAAUGUAGAGACUGGUCUUUUCGUAUUAUAUGUCAAGUGAUAUUUGCGGUGAAUCGCCGUUGCCAGGUGAUUGAUUGGCCGCGCUUCAACUAGAGACUUGAAUCGGGGAAAGAUAUUGUAAUAUCUGUUGCAAGGUUAUCCCGCAUACAGUCGUUAUUGGGACAGUGACAAUAUUAAUAAAUAUUGUACAGCAAGGCGACAUUUAGGCCAGAAUACACUCUUCUUGUAAUAAUAAUAAACAGAUGAAACCCCUAGUGAUACAAAAAUAGACAAGCUAAUGAAAG